AUGGCUCAGCGAGGGACGUUCACCGUGGCGGCACCCAAGCCUGCCACAUUCCUCACCAUUCCGCCAGAGCUGCACCUCCAGAUUAUCAAGCUUCUGGAUGUCACAUCGCUCGUGCGAUUGGGCCUCUCACUCCCCAAAGAAUAUGGCUUCCUUUGGAACGAGAUUCAGAAGAGAGCCAGAAUCGGUGCCCUCCCGCCUCAGGAAGUCUACGAUAAGCGCAUAUCGUAUGGGGACGACGGUGAGAUACGAAUCCAUCGUUUCGCUGGAGAUGCCGAGUGGAGGAAAUCCAUCCGUGAACCUCUUGCGGAAGCUGUAUGCGCUGGUCAACUCGACGUCGUCAAAUUCCUCCUGGAAGCCGGGCCGGGGGGCAGAUGGCAUUGGAUUAUGCGGUAG